AUGUCCAAGAUCAAAGAGAUUGACGAGAAGCAACAGCCCGGCCAUGUUCUGGGCGCUGAGGUCGAUGAGUCGAGCUCCAUCGAUACAAUCACAGCCUUGGUGGCGGAAGAUCACCAACAUGAAAUUAAGCUCCGAACCAUGUCCUGGCAGAAAACCGCCGUUCUCUUGGCUGGUGACCAGGUCUGCUUGGCUAUCAUGGCGCAAACCUGGUCUCUCUCAGUCCUCGGAUGGGUUCCCGGUAUCAUCACCAUGGUUCUCGCCGGUGUCAUAUUCUGGAUUACUUCUAUCACCAUGCACAAGUAUAUCAUGAAACACCCGCAAAUUAAGGAUAUCUGUGAUUUUGGAUACUAUGUGUUCGGCCAAAGCAAAGGCGCCUAUGUCUUCUCUUUGCUUCUUGCCAACAACAUCUUGCUGAUUGGCUUCCACGUUCUCACCGGAGCCAAGGUCCUGAACACUCUAUCGGGCCACUCGCUAUGCACAGCUGUGUUCUCUGUCAUUGCGACUAUCAUGGGCAUUAUAAUGUCUGCGCCACGAACUCUCCGCCAUGUUAGCUUCAUGUCGAUGUUUUCUUCUGCAUGCAUGGGUAUCGCCAUCCUUCUAUUCCUCGUCUUCGUCGGCAUCGAGAAGGCCCCGGGAUACGGGUACAAUGGCGACUAUCCCACCGACGGACCCGUCAAAACCUACGCCUUCCCCCUCCCCGGCACGACCUGGGUGGCCUGCAUGAACGCCGUACUAAACAUCACCUUCCUCUGGGUCCCACAAAUCCUCUUCCCAACAUUCAUCGCCGAAAUGGAACGCCCGCAGGACUUCCCCAAAGCCCUCGCCGUUCUCGCCGGUAUCUCCGCCAUCCUCUUCAUCGUGCCCCCAGCCAUCGGCUUCCGCUAUCUGGGCCAGUACUCCACAGCGCCUGCAUUCGGCAGUCUCGGCGUGACAGCGUACAAAAAGGCCUCCUUUGGAUUCGUCAUCGUGCCCACGCUCAUCAUCGGCGUUAUCUACGCCAACGUCACGGCAAAAUUCAUCUAUAAUCAAGUCCUUGGUAAAUCCCGACACGCCCACAGCAAUACCGUUAUUGGAUGGGGCGUCUGGGGUCUGAUUAUGGUUGGUAUUUGGUUAAUUGCAUUCGUCUUUUCCGAAGUCGUUCCCAGCAUGGGUGAUUUCCUCUCGCUGCUUAGUGCGGCCUUUGAUUCGUUCUUUGGUUUCAUUUUCUUCGCUGUGGCUUAUUGGCAGCUUAACCGGGGACAAUUGUUCGCUGGGGUAAAGAGGACGACUAUGACGCUUGUUUAUGUUUUUAUCAUGAUUGUUGGACUGUUUAUCCUGGGUCCUGGGUUGUAUGCUGCAGUCGAGGCGAUUAUUGCUGAUUAUUCGGGGGCGACGACGCCGGCGUUUACAUGUGCUAAUGUGGCGAUUUGA